AAAACAUGAUAGAGUUUCCUUUCUUGUUCUUACUGAAAAGUGAAAAUGAGCGAAUGGACUGCUUACCUUCGGUCGCAAAAAUUGUAGGUACAGUCUCCGGAGGUACCAACACAAAUAGUCUAUUCCUCCUCGACCCGAGAACACCAAAAUAUUUUUAUUUUCUUUUGUUACUUUGACUGUCGCGAAAGCGUGCAGCUUUCGGCGCUUUCCCUUCUCUCCUCCAGAUUUAGCAGCGAAGCGAUGCGUACUUGCUCUCUGUAUAAAUUUAUUCCGCACAACCACUGAGAAAAUCACUGCUCCAUCGCAGCUAAUUAUUAGUUGGCGAGCCUCCUCUAAAUCUAGCCACGAUUCUCCUCUCUCUCUCUGGCCUCUGGCUCAGCUCCGGGGAGAUUCUUAGCAGGCAUUGAUUGAACCUAAGCUAAGUAUGCUGGUUUUGGAGAUUCGAAAAGCCCAGAUUACUCCAUUACCAGGCAACAGCAAACGCAUUCUCUGGCUAUUUUCCAUGGGGAAGUUAUCGAACAUUGAAAGAUUUCCAGGAUACAUGGUGCAGCUUGACUAGUAGUAUAAUUCCUAUGCUGUCCAUUCUAGUAGAAACUAUGGGCUUAUUGUGCAGCAAAAAACAACAUUUAAGUGAGGCUGAUGCUGAAGAAAAUGCACAGGCUGCAGAAAUUGAGAGGCGAAUUGCUCAAGAAACAAAGGCAGAAAAACACAUCCAGAAGCUCCUGUUACUUGGGGCUGGAGAGUCAGGGAAGUCAACAAUUUUUAAGCAGAUAAAACUUUUGUUUCAGACUGGCUUUGAUGAAGCAGAACUAAAGAGCUAUAUACCAGUCAUCCAUGCCAAUGUGUAUCAGACAAUUAAAAUACUGCAUGAUGGGUCAAAAGAAUUUGCUCAAAAUGAUGAAAAUUCUUCAAAGUAUGUUUUAUCUGCUGAAAAUAAGGAUAUUGGAGAGAAGCUAUCAGAAAUCGGUGGCAGGUUGGACCAUCCACGUUUGACCAAAGAGCUUGCACAGGACAUAGAAACUUUGUGGAAGGAUGCUGCAAUUCAGGAAACAUAUGCUCGUGGUAAUGAACUCCAAGUUCCAGAUUGUGCUCACUAUUUCAUGGAAAAUUUGCAGAGGUUGUCUGAUGUCAAUUAUGUACCCACAAAGGAGGAUGUUCUUUAUGCUAGAGUUCGAACAACUGGUGUUGUAGAAAUCCAGUUCAGCCCCGUUGGAGGGAAUAAGAAAAGUGGUGAAGUUUAUAGACUUUUUGAUGUUGGAGGCCAGAGAAAUGAGAGAAGAAAGUGGAUUCAUCUAUUUGAAGGUGUUACAGCUGUAAUUUUCUGUGCUGCUAUUAGCGAGUACGAUCAAAUGCUCUUUGAGGAUGAAAACAAGAACCGAAUGAUGGAGACGAAGGAGCUCUUUGACUGGGUCCUAAAGCAACAGUGCUUUGAGAAAACAUCUUUCAUGCUGUUCUUAAACAAAUUUGAUAUAUUUGAGAAGAAAGUUCUAAAGGUGCCACUAAAUGUGUGUGAAUGGUUUAAAGAUUACCAGCCAGUGUCUACAGGAAAACAGGAGAUUGAGCAUGCUUACGAAUUUGUGAAGAAGAAAUUUGAGGAACUGUACUUUCAGAGCACUGCUCCCGAUCGUGUGGACCGAGUCUUCAAGAUCUAUAGGACCACUGCCCUUGAUCAGAAGCUUGUGAAAAAAACUUUCAAGCUUGUAGAUGAGACUUUAAGAAGGAGAAAUCUAUUUGAGGCCGGGUUAUUGUGAUGGUGGUGGAAUUCUUGGAUCACAAAGUCAUCCUUGAAGAGCUUGGUCCGAAUUUUGCUAUUGAAAGCUAAAGAAGCAUCUGUAGAGAGGGAUGAUGAUCAAGCUCCCCACAUUAAAAAAAUUUAGUCCCAUGUGUUGCAGGCUUGCAGCCCCGUAUGCAAACUUGUUCCGUUCAUGAUUUUACUUUUGGCUGCUGAUUUGUCAUUCGGAAAACCAGCGAAGCCUUGUCGAAAAAUUUGGGCCCUUGGUUGUCGUCAGAACAGUAAUUGGGUUUUACAUUUGAGAGAACUUUAUUCUUUUGAUCUCUUUUGGGGUAUUUUAUACAUCGUUGUCGUGAACCA